AUGCCGUCUUGGUGUCCCAGGAGAGGUACGUUAGUUGCAGUUUGUAACAAGCAGCUGAAGUCUAAGCUGAAGAAGAAGUACCAGCAUGUGUCUGAGGGGAUCACUAAAGCAGGAAAGACAACUCUUCUGGAGCAGAUCUACACGGAGCUCUACAUCACAGAGGGAGGGACCGGAGAGGUCAACCAUGAACAUGAAGUCAGACAGAUUGAAGCAGCUUCCAGGAAACCAGACGGAGCAGAAACAGCCAUCAGACAGGAAGACAUCUUUAAACCCCCACCUGGAAGAGGAGGACCAAUCAGAACGGUGAUGACGACGGGAGUGGCCGGCAUCGGGAAAACAGUCCUAACACAGAAGUUCAGUCUGGACUGGGCUGAAGGCAGAACCAACCAGGACAUCCAGUUCCUGCUUCCAUUCACCUUCAGACAGCUGAAUGUGCUGAGAGAGGAGAAGUUCAGCUUGGUGGAGCUAGUUCAUCGAUUCUUCUCUGAAACCAAAGGAAUCUGCAGCUUUGAAGAGUUCCAGGUCACGUUCAUCUUUGACGGUCUGGAUGAGAGUCGACUUCCUCUGGACUUCCACAAAUCUACAAUCGUCAGUGACCCCAGAAGGUCCACCUCAGUGGACGUGCUGCUGACCAACCUCAUCAGGGGGAACCUGCUUCCUUCUGCUCGUCUCUGGAUCACCACACGACCCGCAGCAGCCGAUCAGAUCCCUCCUGAGUGUGUUGACAUGGUGACAGAAGUCAGAGGGUUCACUGACCCACAGAAGGAGGAAUACUUCAGGAAGAGGAUCAGAGGAGAGGAGCAGACCAGCAGGAUCAUCUCCCACAUCAAGACAUCACGGAGCCUCCACAUCAUGUGCCACAUCCCAGUCUUCUGCUGGAUCACUGCUACGGUCCUGGAGAAAGUCCUGGAGAACGUCCUGGAAACCAGAGAGGGAGGGCGGCUGCCCAAGACCCUGACUGAGAUGUACAUCCACUUCCUGGUGGUCCAGGCCAAACUGAAGAAGGUCAAGUAUGACGGAGGAGCUGCGAGGGAUCCACACUGGAGUCCAGAGAGCAGGAAGAUGGUGGAGUCUCUGGGAAAACUGGCUUUUGAGCAGCUGCAGAAAGGAAACCUGAUCUUCUAUGAACGAGACCUGACAGAGUGUGGCAUCGAUGUCAGAGAGGCUUCAGUGUACUCAGGAGUGUUCACCCAGAUCUUUAGAGAGGAGAGCGGCCUGUACGAGGACCAGGUCUUCUGCUUCAUCCAUCUGAGUGUUCAGGAGUUUCUGGCUGCUCUUCAUGUCCAUCUGACCUUCACCAACUCUGGAGUCAACCUGCUGGAAGAACAGAGAAUAACCUUCAGGUUGUUUAAAACAAGAGCAGACACUCACUUCUAUCAGAAAGCUGUGGACAAGACCUUACAGAGUCCAAACGGACACCUGGACUUGUUCCUGCGCUUCCUCCUGGGUAUUUCACUGGAGACCAAUCAGAACCUCCUACGAGGUCUGAUGACAUCAAACCAAAGAAGUUCACAGAACAAUCAGAAAACAGUUGAAUACAUCAAGAAGAAGAUCAGUAAGGAAAUGUCUGCAGAGAGAAGCAUCAACCUGUUCCACUGUCUGAAUGAACUGAACGAUCGGUCUCUGGUGGAGGAGGUCCAACGGUCCCUGAGGUCUGGACGUCUCUCCACAGAUGAACUGUCUCCUGCUCAGUGGUCGGCUCUGGUCUUCAUCUUACUGUCAUCAGAAGAAGAUCUGGAAGUGUUUGACCUGAAGAAGUUCUCAGCUUCAGAGGAGGCUCUACGGAGGCUGCUGCCGGUAGUCAAAGCCUCCAAGAAAGCUCUACUGAGUGACUGUAACCUCUCAGAGGACAUCUGUCCACUUCUGUCCUCAGUUCUCAGCUCUCAGUCCUCCAGUCUGACAGAACUGGACCUGAGCAACAACGACCUGCAGGAUUCUGGACUGAAGAAGCUGUGUCCUGGACUGGAGAGUCCACACUGUCACCUGGAGUCUCUCAGACUGUCAGGCUGUCUGAUCUCAGAGGAAGGAAGUUCUUCUCUGGUCUCAGCUCUGACCUCCAACCCCUCCCACCUGAGAGAGCUGGACCUGAGCUACAACCAUCCAGGGGAGUCAGCAGGGAAGCUUCUGUCUAGACUGGAGGAUCCCCGCUGGAGACUGGAGACUCUCAGGGUGGAGCCUGCUGGACAACGAUGGCUGACACCAGGUCUGAGGAAGUAUUCCUGUCAACUCACCAUCGACACAAACACAGUAAACAAGGGCAUCAAACUGUCUGACAACAACAGGACGAUGAUGUAUGUGGAGGAGGAUCAGUCAUAUCCUGAUCAUCCAGACAGGUUUGAUUACUGGCCUCAGCUGCUGUGUAGAGAAGUUCUGACGGGUCGCUGUUACUGGGAGGUCCAGAGGAGAGGAGCUGUUUAUGUAUCAGUGAGUUACAGAAGAAUCAGCAGGAAAGGAGACUCUUAUGACUGUGGGUUUGGAAGAAACGAUCAUUCCUGGAGUCUGGACUGUUAUUCAGGUGUGGAGGCACUGGUGUCCAAGGUUUUCUGUUCGGGAACUCUGAUAAACCAUCAGAUGUACGCAGACGAUCUGUCCAUCAUGUCCCCCACCGAUGUUAACGGGGGGCGUGUCUAA